GCAAAGUUGCAUCGCUCUACAUCUUCUCGCCCCCGCCACCUCUCUCUGCCUCUCGAGUGUCCUGCCGGCCCGCAGCCUCCUCCUGGAGCUGCGCCCUAGUGCCCCUGCUGGGCAGUGGCCUUCCCCCCCCAUCCUCCCGCGCCCAGCCCCUGCCGCGCGGGGCAGGCGAUGCUGAAGAUGCUCUCUUUUAAGCUGCUGCUGUUAGCCGUGGCUCUGGGCUUCUUUGAAGGAGAUGCUAAGUUUGGGGAAAGAAGCGAAGGGAGCGGAGCGAGGAGGAGAAGGUGCCUGAAUGGGAACCCUCCGAAGCGCCUGAAAAGGAGAGAUAGGCGGAUGAUGUCCCAGCUGGAGCUGCUGAGUGGGGGAGAGAUGCUGUGCGGUGGCUUCUACCCUCGGCUGUCCUGCUGCCUGCGGAGUGACAGCCCCGGGCUGGGGCGCCUGGAUAGCAAGAUGUUUUCUGUUACCAACAACACAGAAUGCGGGAAGUUACUGGAGGAAAUCAAAUGUGCACUUUGCUCUCCACAUUCUCAGAGCCUGUUCUACUCACCUGAGACAGAAUCCUUGGAAAGAGACCUGGCACUUCCCCUGUUCUGCAAAGACUAUUGCAAAGAAUUCUUUUAUACUUGCCGAGGCCAUGUUCCAGGUUUCCUUCAAACUACUGCUGAUGAGUUUUGCUUUUACUAUGCAAGAAAAGAUGGUGGCUUGUGCUUUCCAGAUUUUCCAAGAAAACAAAUCAGAGGACCAGCAUCUAACUACUUGGACCAGAUGGAAGAAUACGACAAAGUGGAAGAGAUCAGCAGAAAGCACAAACACAACUGCUUCUGUAUUCAGGAGGUUGUGAGUGGGCUGCGCCAGCCCAUCAGCGCCCUGCAUAGUGGGGAUGGCUCACACCGUCUCUUCAUUCUGGAAAAAGAAGGUUACGUGAAGAUACUUACACCUGAAGGAGAAAUUUUCAAGGAGCCUUAUUUGGACAUUCACAAACUUGUUCAAAGUGGAAUAAAGGGAGGAGAUGAAAGAGGACUGCUAAGCCUUGCAUUCCAUCCCAAUUACAAGAAAAAUGGAAAGCUCUAUGUGUCUUAUACCACCAACCAAGAACGGUGGGCUAUGGGGCCUCAUGACCAUAUUCUCAGAGUUGUGGAAUACACAGUAUCCAGAAAAAAUCCCCAUCAAGUUGAUUUGAGAACAGCCAGAGUAUUUCUUGAAGUUGCAGAGCUCCACAGAAAGCAUCUGGGAGGACAGCUGCUCUUCGGUCCUGACAGCUUUCUGUACAUCAUCCUUGGCGAUGGGAUGAUCACUCUGGAUGAUAUGGAAGAAAUGGAUGGGUUAAGCGACUUCACAGGUUCCGUGCUCCGUCUGGACGUGGAUACUGCCAUGUGCCACGUGCCUUAUUCCAUACCCAGGAGCAACCCGCACUUCAACAGCACCAACCAGCCCCCGGAAGUGUUUGCCCACGGCCUCCACGAUCCAGGCAGAUGUGCUGUGGAUCGACACCCCACUGACAUAAACAUCAAUUUAACAAUACUUUGCUCAGACUCCAAUGGAAAGAACAGAUCAUCAGCCAGAAUCCUACAGAUAAUUAAGGGGAGAGAUUAUGAAAGUGAGCCAUCACUUUUAGAAUUCAAGCCAUUCAGUAAUGGUCCUUUGGUUGGUGGAUUUGUGUACCGAGGCUGCCAGUCGGAAAGACUCUAUGGAAGCUACGUGUUUGGAGAUCGUAAUGGGAAUUUCUUAACCCUCCAGCAAAGUCCUGUGACCAAGCAAUGGCAAGAAAAACCACUCUGUCUUGGCAACGGUGCUUCCUGUAGAGGUUACUUUUCAGGUCACAUUUUGGGAUUUGGAGAAGACGAAUUAGGUGAAGUUUACAUUCUAUCAAGUAGUAAAAGUAUGACCCAGACUCACAAUGGAAAACUCUACAAAAUUGUAGAUCCCAAAAGACCUCUGAUGCCUGAGGAAUGCAGGGCCACGGUCCAGCCUGCCCAGACCCUGACCUCUGAGUGCUCCCGGCUCUGUCGGAACGGCUACUGCGCGCCCACAGGAAAGUGCUGCUGCAGUCCAGGAUGGGAAGGGGACUGGUGCAGAGUCGCGAAAUGUGAGCCAGCGUGUCGCCACGGCGGUGUCUGUGUUAGACCCAACAAGUGCCUCUGUAAAAAAGGAUAUCUUGGUCCUCAGUGUGAACAAGUGGACAGAAACCUCCGCAGAGUGACCAGGGCAGACAUCACCUAGAUGAAACACCUUUACCCUGUCCUGUAAAAUACUAAAGUUACAUUUUUCACCAACUUAAUUGGAAAGAAGGGGAGUGAGAAAGCAAACAGUCUUUAAUGUGCUGAGGAUCUAAUCUAGCAAUGUAUCCUUGUGCCAACAUGUAAUCAUUACCGACGGAUGAAAAAGCAAGAAAACAGCCACUCCUUAUAAAAUUCCAGCAUUAAACAUUUGUAAAGUGUUUUUCACCAUAGCAAGACUGUCAGAGUAUAUGUGAUGAGAAUGUUGCAGGUUUCACACUGAAUCGCCUCACUGGAAGAGUUCACUCGUUUUUAACAAAUCUUGCCUGUGUAAGCUGUCACUUGUACAAAUUUUUAAUAUGAUCAUUCUUGCCAAAUAUGACUUUUAAUGUAUACGUUCCUUCGGAACUCAGUGAAAAUCCUCUCUGGUUCAUUUAUGAAUAAAUUUCCUGCAAAUGUUCUGUUCGGGUUUUUCAAGAACUGCCACGUUCUAACUUAAACUGCAAAAAGUCUGGUACACGUUUUUCUUCACGGUUUUUGAGGCCAUCCUGCCACGUUUGGAUUAUAACAAAAUUAUCAGACCUCUUUGCCCCACUGAAAAAACAUCGACUCAUCACAUGUGGGCACCUACUAUAGGUUGCCCUUCUCUAAACGUGUGUUCCUCCAGAAUCUAAAUUGUAGAGUAGGACAGAUUAUACAGCACAGACUGACUUCCCAAACCUGCUUCUUACCAUUACGAAAAGGAGCCUUAAUUUCAAAAAUAAACAAAAUCUUGUAACUAAUAUUUGUCUAUUGUUUUAAAGCGAGAGAUUUGCAAAUAAAGCACAGUGAGAAAUCACAACAUAGAAAGGUUGGUUAAGUACUCUGCUCUUGUCUUCCAUAUAUGAUUACUUAAGUUUCAAGUGACCUCAUACCCAGUGGAAAUGGGUUGACAAAUCUUGGUGCAGUGCUUAGUGAACAAUAGCCUGCAUUAAAAAGUGCAUGCAUAAUUUUGCACAAUUUAGAUUUCAAUUGACAGUCUAUUCAAAGAAGUCUCAGGAUUAAAUGAGCAUGGAGACCAAAUUGCCCUCUUACCCCAGAAAAGGGGUGGUCCCUUCUAGUCACACGAACACUUCAUUGGCCCAACAGUGUGACAAAUCUUGCAGUGAACCCUGUACUAGCCCACAUCUGUAGGUUAAUAGCAGUCUUUUGUCCUCUUUGCUUUCUCUUCAUAGCCCUUUUACUGAAUUCCAUCACAGAAAGUUUUACAAUUAAAAAAAAAAAUGUCCUGACAACCAUUUUUGUAAAUGGACCUUAACCAUCUCAUCGUCUCUUAUUCAACGUGGGUGACAUUCACAAAAUGUGAACUUCUUGUGAGGGAGCCAGCUGUCUAAAUCUGUCAAAUUGUGCAGUUUUAUUACACAUUCUCCUGUACAUAGUUUCACUGAAAACAGUAAGGAUACUGCUAUAUAUUCAGCCAAAUCUGAAAACGCCCAGCAUUUCUUCUUACAUCUUUUAAUCUUUCCAUCUUUCUUUCCAAAAGGAAUGGUGUUCUAUUGCCAUUUGUUCUCCUAUUUAAAAACAUCUAGAUUAAAUUGAUCAGACCUAGCUUUUUUUAUACAGCCCUUUCACAAGUGAAAGAGUUUCAGAUGACUUAGAAAAACAUAUGUACCCCAGGUAUCAUUGCCUUUUCUAUUGUGAGUCAUUAGAAUAACAGAUCAAAAUCUUUUAAAAAGAAAAUCUCAAGAUCCAGGGAUAUUAAACCCCAGCAAAGACAGUCAUUUCUCUCUGUUCUUAGGAGAGAAGUAAAUAGCAAUGGCUAAUUAAUAGCUACCUUUUUAAAACUCAGGGGUCAUUUCAAAAAAUCUUUUGACCUUUCCUUUCAAGUAGAUUUUUAAAAUAUGUGACUGGAGAAUGAUCUUAAAUAAUUCAUGAUGAGAGGCAAGUGCGAAUUGGUUAAAACGUAUGAGCUAGGGAAAAAUGAUUGUUUCAUCACACGAAUGGUAACAUCUACUCGGUUCCAAAAGCACAUAAUCAAAAUGGAAGAAAAUGUCCUUGGUAUGGAUACAAAUGUGUGAGAUAAAGAUAAAUAAAGAAAUAGAAAAAUGUAGAUUAUUAUCCCUUUUUCCAUUCUAGAACUUAAGCUUUGGGUAUCAAUUUAAUGUGAAAUGCUGUUACGGUAGUUAUAAAGAGUUGGGAAAACCUUUCCGCCACUGCCUCUGCCAAACUCUUGUUCUGGUGAAUAGAACUUCGUUUUCUUGCUAGUUAUUUAAGGUAAUGAGAAGAUAACUGAAUUGGCACAUCAUUAAAGUGGAAAGAAGGGAAGAUUUAAGAAACUUGAGUGAUGAUAAAAAGUGCUUCCAUUCAUACCUUUCUUCUUGGAAUUUCCUUUCAAUGUGGCUAUUGUAAAAUAUAUCUUUUAUUUUAUCACAAAGAACACUCAGAAGUUCUCUCAGGUUAACAGACUAUCUCAUAAAGAAAGAGCCAAGAAACCUACCUACACAUGCAACCUAUACAUACAACCUAAAUAGAAAACCAUUCUCUUUUUCAUUUACAUACUUCAGAGCAGUCACUUCUUCUCUAUUUAUUUCUUUGAAAAUAAUUACAUGAUAAUGUACUAAUAAUUUUUAACAUUUUUUUGAUGUUGUUUAUAUCUCCAAAUCAUAAACUAUACAAGAAGCCUACUAGGUUUAGGACUUAAGGUUAGAUGCUACAUCUAGGGACUUUUAAAGAACACAUUAAUUUAAACUUUUAUUAGUCUAACGUUUUUAGCUUGGAAACAUAAAAGAGAAACCAAACCUAAAUUUUUAAGAGGAAACGAAGGUAUAUCAUAGGCAUUUGUAGUUGGCUGAUCAAUAAAUUAGAGUUUCUGGGUGUCUCUAUAGAACGUUAUCUGAGAUAUCUAUCUUUCUUUUUCUCUGUUUCUCUGUCUUUUUGCCUCCCCACCCCCACGUAUCCCUCUUCCUCUUAACUUCUCUCUUCUCUAUUUCUAUUGGUUCUGACUAAACAGACAUGUCUUCACUACAUCCAUAAUAAAGAUACCCUGGGGCAGGUUGCUAUUGAUUUUGCUGGUUAUGAUCUUUUCUUUAUUUUCCUGAAAACACCUUCUCCUAGUACCACAUUUGCUCAGAUGCUAUAUCGUAAAGAACAGUAGACAAAUAUGAACAUAAUAGACUGACCUAUUACAAUCGUUGAAAGAAGUAACAAAAGGCGUAAAUGACUCCCAGCCUGGAUGUCCCAGCUCAGCUGGGGUUCCAUCUUGGAUGCUGAAAAGAAUAUCCUCAGUCAAGAGCACAAGUUAACAGUAGGGAAAGUUAGUAGCUAUUUCCUAUUCAAGCAACCUCGGUGGAGUCUAUUUUAAAUAAGAUUAUCUGAAAUUGAUGAGGAAAAAAUAAGUAGUUCCUCAAUGGAGACUUCAGAGUCUUCUUUCCCCACCCUUGAGACUUGAACUUGCAGAGAACUCAGACCAAAGUUCCAUGCCCAGAAAAUGUACCUAUUUCUUUAUUACCCACAGGAAGUUAGUGGGCCUGUUACUGUGAUUACUGGCAAUACGUUUAGAAAGUUCUUCAUUAGAAUAUCCUAAAGAAAUAGAUGUUUGCUCUCUUACUUUCUUUCUCGUCAUCACAUCAACACAAAUCAGUCAUACCUCUAAUAAUUAAUAUGAUGACAAGGUGGGAAACCUAAGAAUAGAAGCAUUUCGAUAUUAAAAAUAUUAAAAACAAAACCGGAAAACCUGCCAAACACUAAUCCUAGCCAACUUCAACACUUCGUUCUCUUAAAUAGCUACUCAUAUAUAAGUUUUGAAAAUUGUCUUAAAAUAACUAUUUCAGGGAGCAUGAUGUACUCAUGAGAGUGUAAGAAGGUGUUGUGUUGUUUUCUUCUCAAUCAUAGUUGUUUCCCUAGUGGCUAUAAAGAGAUUUACUCACUUAUCAGAUUAUCUCUUUUCUUCAAUUCUUCACUAAGUGAGAGCCCAAGAUACACCCAUCAUUUACCUUGCUUUCUUUUGUAUAGGUCAUCUAUAAGUUGGUUGAAAAAAAAAUAAAAAAUAAAUAAUGAUCCCUUGUAUUAACAUAAAGCCUUAGGCCUAAAUCUUAUCACUGAUUUUUUAAGCCAGCAUACACAGAGACAUACCAAAAAAAAAAAAAGCUACCAACUCAACAUGAAUUCUAAAGUUACAUCUCAUGUAUAUCACAAAGACAGACCUCACAUUUCAGUCAGGAUUUUUUUUUUGCAUAUGUAGAUUAUGUAUUACUUAAAAUACAUGUAUACAUAUGCAAGCAAAUUAACAAACAUGUCUGGUGAGUUAUGUCAAUUGACUAUAAUCUUUUAAGUUAAAAAAAAACAUUUUUAGCACAUAGGAUAGAAAAAAUGGAACAUUAACAGUGAUGGGAAAUUCAUAAUGGCUAAAUAGAAAAUACGCUUCGUCUUCACAGUUAGAAACUAAUUGCUGUAUGUUUCCCUUUGCACUAAAAAAUAACUAGCCAAAAGUUUCCAUUCACAUGAACACCGUGUGAUCAGAUUUGCUAGUCUGUGCCCCAAAUGUACGUUGGAUAUUUCUUUACUUCAUAUUCUUAAAAUCAGAAGCAUGAUUUUCAUAGAAUAAAUUAGGAGUUCAUGUACUGUAGAACCUAAUACUAUUAACACAUUAAUACAUUCUGUUCAUAAUACUAUUAUGGAGAAAUCAAAUUGACAACCUUAUAAGAUAUCAGGUAUUUCCCACAUCUCAUUAUAUUCAUAGGACAUUUUUGGACGUGCAUCUCACCAAGAACCAUGUGGUAACAAGAUAAAUGAUACUGAGGCACUAUGGAAUUUUUGGUGCUUAAUUCGCUAGGACAUGCUAAAGAAGACUAUUUAAAAGAAACCCGUCUAAUUAAAAUGAAAAAAUUAUCAAAUCAUUAUAAUUAAUAAGCAGAAAACAAAUCAGUACAGAAACCCCUGUGUCUUUCCUGGCUUUAUCUGUGAUUAAUUUUGUCCAGUUUUAAAGUAUGGUUAACUUUUUCAUUCUUCUAACACGUUUUGCUUUUCCUAGUUGUUCAUUUUCCUUUAGAUUGUUGACAGUUUGGGCAAUUUGUCCAUAACCUUAUUCACAGAGGAUACCUUGCUUGGAUUUCUAUCAAUAAGAGGCACAAGUAAUUAAAGCAGGUACACGUUUAAGGGAGCAGAGUUAAUAUAUGUACUAGUUGGAAUUUCUGUAAAUGUUCUUCUGAAAAGUAACAUGCAAAGUCACUGGCUCAGAUAAUCCUUCUAAAUUUGAAUUAAUCUGACCUACUUAACCAAGUUAUUAUAAUAUUCAGUACUCUUUGCUUGAUCUAUUAUUCAGCCAUCCAUCCAUUCAAUAAUUCAACAAAGAUUUAUUGAAGUGCCCAGAACGGUUAUGUACUAUGGAAAAGGCAAGGAUGUUUAUAAUGGGGGAUCGUGAGCCCCAUGGGUAUGAUGAACACAUUUGAAGCAAAAGAUAAUAAUCACACCCAUCCAGCUCCAAUUCAGUUUAACAUCAAAAUCCAGCAAUAACAGUACAGAUGGCCUAAAGUACAUCUGUGUGUAUCUGUAUGUGUGCACACACCCAUGUAUAUAUAUUUAUCUAUCUGUACAAACACUACAUAUGUAUACACACUAUCUAUGUAAUAUAUAAUAUAUGUAUAAUGCAUAUAAAUUCUAACAAGUGUAUUUGUG